CCUGACCGUUUGAUAGACCUCCAACACUAACCAUCAACCACACCGCCACCGACGCUUUGCAGCUCCACAUCAGUCAUGACACGAUACACCAAACUGGAGAGGAAGCGCCAUGUCGACGCCUCAGAGUCUUUUUCAGUCACACCACUGAUGCCCUCCAAGAACGUGCAGCCUUCGUCUUCAACGUCAAUCGAUGGCUCAACACCGAGUAAACAAUCAGAAACACCUAAGGAACGUAAGGCGCAGGGCGAGAAGAACGCCAGCAAGAAAAGAAAAGCAGAAGAUUCGUCCGUAGCACACAAUGGUGCAACGCCAGGAGAGGCAGCGGUCGAAGAUGGUACUGGUCCUUCCAAGAAAGCCAAGGGUGCGAAGAAGAAAGGGAAGGGCAAGAACAAGGGCGAAGCUGGCGAGAAUGGGCCAACUGGAGGAGUAGACAAUUCGGCAAAGUCAGAGAGGCGCCGACUGAGGAGACAAAAGGAGAAGGGCAACGCAGCUGUCUGCUUUGCUUGCCGUAAGACAGGGCACAGCGCCAAGAACUGCAAAGAAUCGUCAGGAGUGGGCAUGUGUUACAGCUGUGGUUCAUUAGAGCAUAUGACAAAGGACUGCAAGAAGCUAUCCAAGGAUGGCAACAAGUUCAAGUUUGCGACAUGUUUUGUUUGCAAGGAACAGGGCCAUCUUGCAGGACAAUGCCCUAAGAACGAACGAGGAUUAUACCCGAACGGGGGCUCAUGUCGCUUUUGUGACAAGGUCGAUCACUUGGCCAAGGACUGCAAGCUGACUAAAGAGGAUGUCGGUACAGUAACACUGGGCAAGAUUGAUCUGGUGCAGGGUGCAGAUGACGAUGACUUCCAUAUCUUUGUGGAUGAGAAGCGCAAAUUGGUAGAGGAACAAAAGACGAUCAAGAGGAUGGUCAAACCCCAGAUAAAGACACCGAAGAAGGUCGUUUCCUUUUGAUCCCCUCGGAAUAUCAAAUAAAUGUAGCGUAUCGUUCACUCAAGAAGCGUUCUUGAAUGGUUCCCUCGAUCCAUCCUGGCAGCUGGCUAUGAAAUGAAAAUGAAAAUGAAAGUAUAAAAAAUGCCACCACUGGAGUGGAGGCCGCU